AUGGGAAAUGCCUCUGAAACAUCUUUGUUCGCUGACACAUCUUCGUUCCUUUCUACCAUCUCUAAAGAACAUGACAUCCUCAUGGGGACCAUCUAUGCCAUAUUUGGUGUUUUCUCACUGGUGGGGAAUGGGAUAUUGCUGUUUGUGGCCUACCGGAAGAAGUCCUCCCUGAAGCCGACUGAGUUCUUUGUUAUAAACCUCUCCGUCAGUGACCUCGGAAUGACCAUCUCUCUCUUCCCCAUGGCCAUCUCAUCAGCCUUCGCACACAAGUGGCUGUUCAGUGAUGUUACAUGUUUAAGCUAUGCCUUCUGUGGGGUUUUGUUUGGACUAGCCAGUCUCACCAACCUCACAGUGUUGUCAUCUGUGUGCUGGCUUAAGGUCUGCUGUCCCAGCUAUGGUAACAAGUUCUCAUCCUGCCAUGCCUAUCUCCUAAUAGCAGCGGUGUGGUGCUAUGCUCUUAUCUUUGCCACCGGGCCUCUGACUGGCUGGGGCCGGUAUGGUUCUGAACCGUACGGUACAGCCUGCUGUAUCGACUGGUACGCCCCCGGCCAAAGCAGAGCUGCCAUGAGCUACAUCAUCUGCCUCUUCCUCUUCUGCUACAUCGUCCCCUGCAUCAUCAUCUUCCUCUCCUAUAUCUUCAUCCUGCUGACGGUCAAGGGGUCACGCCAGGCGGUGCAGCAGCACAUAUCCCCACAGAACAAGAUCCCCAACACACACACACUCAUCGUCAAGCUCUCGGUGGCGGUGUGUAUCGGUGUCGUGAUCGCCUGGAGCCCAUACGCCUUCGUCUCCAUGUGGGCGGCGUUCGUUAACUCAGCGGAGGUCCCUCCCUUUGCUUUCGCUGUGGCUGCCAUCUUUGCCAAGUCCUCCACCCUCUACAAUCCUAUCGUCUACCUGGUCUUCAAACCCAACUUCCGCAGGUCCCUCUGCCGGGACUGGCUGACAUGCCGACGGACCCUAUGUGCGUGUUUGUGCUCGCACGGCUCGAACCAGAAGGUGUCCUGUACACAGUCCCAGCAGCAUGGGAAGGAGGAGUGUAACUCGACGCGGCGGUCCAAUGGAUUGCCGGAGAACCAUAGGGGGGCAUGCAGGCACUGCCCAUGCCCAGAGAGAGACACUGGUUCUGGCGGAUACGGCCAAGAGACUACCCCUCAGAGGACUGCAAGGAUACUGCAGGGGUCCACACAUAGCGAAGUGGCUGUUAGUCAGCUGUCCAAUGAGAUGCAGAGUGACUUCCUCUGAAAAGACAAAGGAGAGAGAGUAAGCAAACGAGAGAGGGAAGGGAGGAUGAGGGGAGAGAAAGAAGGUAGAAAGUUAGAGGGAGGGAAAUGUGGGAGAGGAAGGCAGUGACCGGGAGGAGGAGAGCGAGAGAUGAGAAAAGACGAACAGUGAAUUGUUUUUUACAUACAAAAUAAAAAACAUGGAGAGGGGAAGAUCAGAGGGAAAAUACUUUCAAACAGGACAUUUUGUUGAGGAAGGGCAGGUGUGAACUUGCACUAACAAUCACAACAAGGCCAUCCUAACUCCUCUCACUCAGAGGAGUGGCCAAACCAAUCACCUCGGAAACUGUUACUGCCACAAAACUAACUCAACCACAAACUGAACUAAACCAGGGGUGUAUUCAUUAUGCAGAUGCUGUUGGAAAAUGUUUCUUCUGUUGCGAAAUUUUUAGCAACAGAAACGGUUUAUUCCAAACAGAAAACGUUUUGCAACGAAAAUUAGAAUAUUUAUUGGACAAAUUCAGCUAGGUCCCUCACUGUUUCAUUCCGUUUGCUCUGUUUGCUUCCAUUUGGUUCUUAACCUUGUAAGACGUAAUGAUUACAACCCUGUCAACCAACAUGCGACCACAAACUGAAGAGUCAGCAACAUACCAAAAACUCAACCAAAAUACCACCACAGACUGAGCAGCCAAUAACAACCAGGAACUCAACCAACAAACUCACCCAAGCCAGACUGAAAAACAGACUUAGCCAACAAGCCCCUGAUCUCUCGGAUGCAGCUGGUUUGAUUCAAAAAGACUUGAAAGUCAUGAACCCACAGUCUUGAUGCAGUAGUUAGAGAUAUCGGACGCAGGGCCAACAAGAGGGUCCAUAAUGAGAACUACACUGGUGUUUAGGGAAAUACUACCAGAUGGAGUAUCAGCUUCUAGAUAUGUCCCACAGGGCCUACCAAAGUAGAGAGAGAGAGAGACGUGGAUGAGGAUACUAUGGUGUAUAUAUUAAAACUCACAUAACUGAGAGAGUUGUCUACAUGGGGGCUUGGAGUGUGUGAACCGAAUUAAGACAUCACUUAGCUGAAGGCAGAACAUGAGAAAAUGAACCCCUUAGUUGCUGUAUUGAUCACAUGACAGUGGUGUGAGUCAGAGUCAGACUUGGCCAAGCAGCCGUGUCCAGAAUUAUUCASUGAACAGUUAGGACUGUGUUCAAUGCCCCAGUGCCAAAUGAGCUACCAUGAAAAAUAAACAUUUCCGCACCAUGGUUGGGAUCAAUUUUAACUCAGUCAAUCCAGGAAGUGAAUGGAACAUUCCCAAUUCUGCACACAGUCUUAAUAAAGUCCAACUAAAAUGUCCUCUCAAAUCUCAGACAUUCUCUCAGUUUUUACCCCAGACAUGAAACCAACGCAACAACAGCUACAAGACUAAUACACAAUCUAUAAAAAAUCAAAUUAAAAGAUCCKGUUUUGCAAUUUAGCCUCAGAAAACAGAAUAGAUAAAAUAUCGAGCUAUAGUGAGUUGUGUUGCUAUCUACUUUCUCCUUCCAGUGUUUCCCCAGGAGUGUAGAUAGAUGGUUAUUGUAAACAAAUUGGAGAAGGGUACAGUGGAGGUGCUGAACUACAGAGCUGGGCUGGUUCUGCUUGGUUAAACAAAUUGGCCUGCCAUCACCGUACAAUCAAUAUAGAGCCAUUAUAGAGUUCUCACUGGGUCCAGACAGGGAGCUCAAAUCUGGGAUCACGGAACAGCCAAAGCCCCAGGACUUGACCCAAAACAGUGAUAGUGCUAUUGUUGAGAGUGUAAUUGUUGACAUAGUUUUGACAUUUGUGUGUUCUCAUUUACAUUAAUGUGUGUGUGCUUAUGUACGUGUUGUUUGAUGCAAUUUGCAUACGCGUGUUUCUGUGUGUGAGAAUAGCUACUGUAUGUCUGCUUCAGUUUGCAAGUCUAUGUGGGCAUAUGUUAGUGCAGUAACUCACUGAGGAAAGUCGUAACAUUAUUCUCUACAUUGAGUGAGUCACAAACAAAAUAGAACUCGAAGCUCUCAAAUAAAAUAAAAUAAAAUGUUAUUUGUCACAUUCGCCGAAUACAACAGGUGUAGACCUUACUGUGAAAUGCUUACUUACAAGCCCUUAACCAACAAUGCAGUUUUAAGAAAACUAAGAAUAAUAUUUACUAA